CCAGAACCCAAGGAUGUCACAUAUCAACGUCCGGUAAAACUCGACGAUGCUCUCUUGAUGACCAAAUUUGGCAUCUACAAUCUGUGUCUGAUAUCGAUUUCUGGAACUAUCCUCGCGGCCGUGCUACUAGAAACGUUGGGCAUCAGCUAUGUGUUGCCGGUAGCAGAGUGCGACUUGCUGCUAACCACGAAAGAGAAGGGUGUCCUGAGUGCAAUCUCGUUCGCCGGCAUCAUCAGCAGUUCCCAUCUGUGGGGCUUCCUGGCCGAUACGAGAGGUAGAAGAACGGUCAUACUGCCGACAUUGUUUCUUGCAUUUGUAUCUACCGUGCUGUCAAGCUUUACGACCAACUUUUGGUUAAUUACGCUUACCCGGUUCUUCACUGGAUUUUUCAUUUCCGGCUCGUCAGCUACGAUCUACGCAUAUCUAGGAGAAUUUCAUGCCAAAUCAAACAGUUCCCGUGCCAUUAUGGGAGCUUCAUUUGUGUUUGGCGUGGGAUGCAUUCUUCUGCCACUGAUCGCGUGGUCCGUUAUAAACCAGGAGUGGGAAUUCACGAUACCACUGCUCAACAUCGUUUAUCGGCCUUGGCGAUUGUUUAUGGUGGUUUGUGGAUUGCCGAGUCUCGUGUGUGGCAUAGCGUUGCUGUACUUCCCGGAAAGUCCCAAAUUUCUGUUCUCCAGAGGUCACGAACAGGAAACUAUCGAGAUCGUGCACAAGAUGUACCGCUGGAACACUGGUGGCAAAGGUGCGAGGCUGGAGCUUAGCUCUCUGCUCCAGGAAACUGAGGCACAGCAAACUAAAAUCCGUCGUGAAGAAGUGGCCAACAGUAAGAGCGUUCUUCGGUUGCUGAAACAAAUGUGGCAACAGACGGCACCGCUGUUUAUGGGGACAUACCGCAAGCGCACCACGAUCAUCUGUGUGCUGCAGUUUGGCAUUUAUCUAACAUCGAACGGGAUGUACAUGUUCUUCCCUGACAUUUUGAACCGUAUUGCUGAGCUGGAGGAUCAGGGAGUGGUCCGAACGACCGUUUGUCAAGCGGUCUAUAGUACGCAGGUGGAUCUCAGUGUGCUACAGUUGCCGGAAGUGAAUGCAACGGUACUGCCGGAAGUGUGCCAUCAAAAGCUGGACAUUUCUGCCUACGAGCAUUCGUUUGUGCUGGAAACUAUAUACGCGCUUGGAUUUGCGGUGAUCGGUCUUAUUAUCAAUGCAGUGGGCAAGCUGCCCAUCCUGGUGUUCAUAUUUGGCUUUUGUGGAAUUUGUGGGAUAUUGAUCGUGUUCAUCGAUUUACCGCUUCUGGCCAUCUGGUUCUACGUGAUACUGUUAACGUGCGGGUUUUGCAUCAGCGUCGUAAAUGCCUGCACGGUGGAUUUGUUCCCGACCAACUUGCGUGCCAUGGCUGUUUGCAUCUCGCUAAUGUUCGGAAGAUUGGGAAGCGUGGUCGGCGCAAACAUUGUUGGCGUAUUGCUGGAUUCACAGUGCGAGCUAACGUUCUGGAUUUCCGGCGUUUCACUCAUCGCUUGCGGAGUGUUGUCCUUCUUCAUACCGAACAUUUACAAGCGCAAUGCGACGGAAGACAGAUUCAGCAUAUCAUCACGGUGA